GCCAGAGGUGCGGGGCGAGGCAGACAGGCCCGGUUCCCCAGAAAAGAAAUAAGAACCCCUGUGUGCAAGCACCGAUUGGGGAACCUGAGCGUUGCAAGCGCCGCGCAGUCAGAAGCGAAGAGGCGCUCGGGCAAGUCGCGGAAGCGCUCCCGCCAUCCAGCGGAAGAGCCUCGUGGGGUCGCCUCCCAACUGGAGGAGGAGGAGGAGGAGGAGCAAAAAAUGAGGCGGCUGGAGGAGGAGCGAGAGGAGAGAGAGAGAGAGAGAGACACAGAGAGAGAGAGAGAGAGGAGAGGGAGGAGGGAGGAUGGCCACUGUGCGAACCACUUGAAACCUGGCCUCGGCGCAGCCCAGCCUGCUGCGGGCGUGCCCGGGCGGGAACUCUGGGAAGCACACUGGAAGAGCCACGCUACCGAACACAGAUAAAUACACACAAAUAAAAGGGGGGGGGGGCUCCGACUCCAGACCUCUGCUUUGUGCAACUGUUUGCAAGAGUGCGGCCUGCGGGGCAAGCUCCACCCGCUCGAAACGGGCAACAGACACGGGAAAAACUGCCAUGGAGGAUGCCGCACGCGCUAUCACGCCGGCCGGCGGAGCGCGCGCCCGAAGAAUGAGGAGCGACGGAGGACGCACACGCAAAACCAACUUAUGUGAACCGUGGACCCACGACCACCAGUACCCGAAAACCUUCCACCUGCUCCUGGCCCAUGCAAAGGAAGGAGGGCCUGGCGCGCGUUGGGCGGCUGGGUGCGCCCUCACGCGAUCGAUCCCCCCAGGUCGUCCACCUUGUUGAGGAGCGCGUGGCACGAGUCCUGGACGGCGCACAUGAUCUUUCGCAAGGUCUCCAAGCUCUCUGCUUGUUCGGAAACCAAAUCUGACGCCGCUUCCCCAUCCUCCGCGAUGUAACUCAUGCCGUCGAAGAUAUCCUGUGCGUCCGUCUCUGGCAUGUCGCUAGAAACAAACGGCUGCACUUGAUGCACCACGAACAUCUCGGCAUCCGCAUGGGCACUUGCCUUGAGUCUCCACAUGAGGAGGAGGUUAGCGCUUGGGCCAGAUCUCCUUGGACACAGCACCCACUUCGAGUGGAUUUUCACCUCGUGACUGCCACGAACCACACAGCGCGUAAGGUAGGCGCAAAGCAUCUCCACGCAAGGCCACUUGAGGGGCAUAUGGUGGGGUACCAGCCACGAUGGACUCACGACACUCACGUCAGUCGAGAAACUUUGGAUAGAAGGCAGCGUGAUAAAAGACAUCUCGUUGGGCAAAUUCAUUGGCUUGUUCAUCCGGUUCAUGAAGCCAAGCCAAAUGAAAAGCCAGCAGGGCAAGGCACAACAAUCGAACUUCUUGUAGCAGUCCCUCUUCCAGAAGAACACGCGAGCUGAUGUGACGGCGAUGUCCAAAUUGACAUAACACUUCGAAUAUAUGUCGGUUGUGUCCUUAACAGAAAGAUGGAAGAGUACCCUUUCCUUGCUUCCACUUGCCAGGUAGAGCGUGGGCUGCGGCUGUACUGCGUCAUCUGACUGCGGUCGGAUCGUGAAUCGGUUGCCUUGCUUAUUGCUGGCCGCAAUAAACGCUCUGUCAACGAUUUCUUUGCAAGCCGACGGGACAACGCCGUUCUCGACCAAGUCCUUCUCAGUGACGAACUCUGGAAUGUGCCUGGAAAGGCUCAUGAUCAUGUUGUAAACAUCGAUGAUGUCUCCGUGGUUGCGUGUGAACUGUAUGGCUCCGAACUUGGUCUGCAUCACUGCAGUGCCAGGCAAAAACAUCUCCCGCAACAAAAUCUGAUGUAUGAUGCGCUGGGGCGUGUUGAGCUUGUGCCGGGCCAUUUUGCCGUACGUUACGUCAUGGUCGUGCCUGAAGACGUCGACGCGCAGGUCGGUCCCAAGGCACUUGAUGGGUAAGAAGGGUCGACGGUGGCGUACGUAGAACAAGCGGCGAUCGGUGACAACCACGGCAUGACGAGUCUUCCCAAACGGCAGCAGCAGGUACCACACCUUGCCCAUCAAAAUGUCCAUGAGGCUGAUGCUUGGAGGCAACAGGGGCAUCUCGAUCCAAGCAGCUAUAACAUCCUCGUCCUGCUCGAUGCCAAACAGCUUCUUUGGCACCUGGAGCCUUAGAGUCCAGCGCGUGUCGGGCACGGCGUGGAGGUCCUUAUUGAAGAAGUCCUUCCAGGUGUCAAACUCUUCGGUCAUCGCGAAAUGCUUGACGCCAGUCCAUCUGUCCUGAUCCUCCUCCGAUGCCUCGAAGCUGUGCUUCAUUCCGUGGUCUUUGGAAUUCUGGUUCAUUACUGUCUGUAAGAAGUCGUUCGCCAGAGGCACCGUAAGAGCAGUGUUGGCUGUCAGGGUCUUGUAGGAACGCUUUGUUCGUCGAUUGAUCGUGACUGCCACGUGGUCCGUGGCUCGUGUCAUGUGGACUGCGUGCUUGGCGGCCAAAAACACAAAUAUGAUGGUGCCGGUGUCAGCGACCAAACUUAUGAUGGUCUUGAUGUUGCCAAACGUUCCCUCGUCGUACACGCCCUCAAACGCACCUUUGGCACAUCCGCCACAACAGGGUGGUGACUUGCCAUACUUGAUGCACUCGUCCUCGGAUUCGCUUACCUCCACGAGGUUGCAGAAAUGCGGGUUGACUGUGUCGUGACCGUGUAUGAUAUAUUCGUCGCAGUGGACUUUGUUGCACCGUGCAUCCGUUGGUCCUGAGCCUUCGAUGCAGUAGCCCUGCAUUGUGGCGAAGUGCUCCAGUGCGAUGGCACGGUCCAUCCACGAGAUGCCGGUGUCGACGCUCGUGACGAGGGUCAAGAACAGAGUCAUGGAUAAUAUCAGGGCGGACGUGCUGAUGCCCGUGCUGAGCGCAGAGAGCGACGAUGGCGGCACCGUGCUCACGGCGUGCCCGAAGCCCAGGCUGCCCUGCAUGUCCAGCACGUGCUGGCUGGGGUACUUGCCGAAGUACAAGUGAAGACUGUGGCGGCGUGCGAGCAUGUGGCCCCACUGGCAAAUCUGUGCCGUGGUGCACUCUCGAGCCAUGUGCCGUCGACGAUGCUCGUCCAUGUAAUCAUGCGGGAGCAAGCUAUACAGCCACAAAACCAACAGAAUCGCGGAUAUUACGAUGAAGGGAAGCUUCUGCGAGAUGAGCCGUUCCAUAUGCUUGAAAUUGUCAGUUUCUGCCUUCAGGUACUCGUAUUCGUCUUGUAACGUCAUGUUCGUGGCCAGCAUGAACACAACGUUGGGUAACACCACGAUAAAGAACAAAAUCGCAAUGUACUUAAUGAAGCUCUGUAAUGCCUCGGCGGAGGUCCCUGGACAGCACAACGGCCUGUCAAUCUUCAGCUGGAUGACGUUGCCCUGCUUAGUAAGGACCAGCAUGAUGUCAUCAUCACGGCCUCUGAAAACAAGGUAGAAGCCCAACGUGAAGAUGGCGAAGAAGGCCAUGGUCUUGUAGCCGGCCGCCUCGUUCCUGAUGACCACAACUCGCUCGAGGUCCUUGCCCUCCAGUUCCUGGCCCAGGUUGUCGUAGACCACCUUGAAGGUCUCUCUCUUCAGCUGCUCGCGCUCCUGCUCGGUCGUGGCCUUCGCCAUCAGCUUGUCUAUCCGCUGGGCUGCGGGGGACUUGCUCGCCUCGUCCAACCACCU